GUGUUGAGUUGAUUUUUAUUCUCCUCUUAGCAGGCUACAGCAAUGGAUACGGCAGUGAGGUUUAUGGCACAGCAGAUGGUUAUGGGGCAGGUGAGUCUGGACUGGAUAGGUACAAAGGAGCAUAUCCUAAUGUCACACUAACAUAUAAGCAAAUUUAUAAACGAGUUAAAAUUAUAAUUAUGUUACAGGACCUGGCUACCCAUCAGUAUUAGCUGAUAACAUUGGCCUGAAUGGUAUAGCUGGUAAGGCUAGAGGUUAUAAGUGUAACUAACAACAUUGCAUUCACACUAAAGAGAGAUACCUAAACUCUGUCCUGUGAUUAUACACAAUAUUGUUCUACUCAAGAUUGUAGAAAAUAACCUCAUCCAUCCUAAUCUGAGUAACUGAAGUAUCUGAACUGCAAUAACUUGAACACUGUGAAAUCAGCUGAUGCCUGUGCAGUUGCUUUUAUACGAGUACUAAGGUAAAGCAAGACUGUAGUUUGCUCCUUGAGUACUAAUGGAAAAUGGUAAACCAAUUCUUUCGCAUACAUUAACUAGAAGCAGCAGCAUCAUCAUGAAAUCACAGAGGUCGGUGUUUGCUCUCUCAGGUCUUGGAGCUGGAGGCCUUGGAGGUCCAGGGCUGGUGGUGAACCCUGGCCUGGGUACUGAUGCCAAGUCGAGAAAGUAUGGGGCUGGUGGAGUUCUUGGAGCUGCCGGAUCCUUGCCUUACGGUGGCCAGCCUGUGGUCUCAGCUGGAGUUGGCCAUCAGGGCAAGACUGGUACUUAUGGUGGAACUACAUACAGAGGAAUACCAACCCUUGGGCCAGACACUGCUUUGGGUGGUACAGGUGGAGCAAUGGAGCCUUUAGCAGGCGGAGCUGUAGGCCAGAUUCCUUACAGCGCACCAGUCAUUGCAGCUGGGCUUGAGGUUGAUGCUGAUUAUGCUUUUGGUGCUGAGCAACUCGGUCUGGGUGCUGAUGCUACAAAGACAGCCGCCAAAUAUGGCACAGGAUAUGCGGCUGCACUAAGUACUGCUGGUCAGGGGCCCUAUGGUGGACAGAACGAUGGAAGGAAGCUUAGUGGCAUUUAUGGGAAUGGGUACAAAGGUUGAUUUCCAAGGCCAUGCUGUUAACAUCGUCAGUGUGGUGGUGUUGUUGUUGUUGUUUUUAUUUUGCCUAGUAUUCCUCACUGUUGUGCAGCUUUGUGCCUUGUUUUUGUUUGCCAUAUUGUUUUAGUUUUAGGUUUAUGCUCAUUUGUGUGGGCAUGUGUGUAUACGAGUGGUUUUGAUGUUCAUUGUCCUUGAUUUUCGCCCAGUCUGUUCAUUUGUCUUGUCCGGUGGAGUGUUUAAUGUCCCUUGUGCGUCUCUGUAUCAAACUAAAACAUGCUAAGCACUUCA